AAUGACUCACAGCCGGUAGUGUUACGCUUAGCGUCAGGUUGUUGUGGCGAGGUCAUGUUUCUCCACCAUGAACCUGGUCCGAAAACGCCUUAGACUCAGCCCGUCCAAACCCCAAGGCCCCUCCACCCGCAGCCUCAGAGCGCCACCCUGCUCCCAUGAUGCUUUGCAGCAGUCUCCAGCUGCAAGAGGGGGGGAGGGGGAGAUGGAAGAGGAGGGAUACCUGCUGGUGGAGGAGGACACCACGGACUCCAGCCUCAUCAUCACCAUGGAGGAGAGUCCGGUGGAGGUGAAGGCAGUGAGGAGGAAGUCAGUGAAGAAGAGGAAGAAGAAACAGACUGAGGAGGAAGAGGACAGGGGCGGGGCUUCAGAGAGCGAGGAGGAGGAGCCUGUGGAGAUCGACAGGCAGCUCGACCAAUCACUUGAGACCAAAUCCAAACAGCACAACCUGACCACCGUGAACGUCAGGAACAUCAUCCAUGAAGUGAUCACUAACGAGCACGUGGUGGCCAUGAUGAAAGCUGCCAUCAACGACACCGAGGCUAUCCCCGCCUUUGAACCCAAGAUGACCCGGGCCAAGUUUAAAGAAGUGGUGGAGAAAGGAGUGGUGAUCCCAGCCUGGAACCUCUCUCCCAUUAAGAAGACCAGCGACAUCAACAAGGCUCCUCAGUUCGUGGACAUCCAGCUAGCGGAGGAAGACUCCUCUGAUGAGGAGUACCGUCCUGAUGAAGAGGAGGAAGACGAGACCGCAGAGGACACGCUCCUGGAGAGCGACAUGGAGAGCACGGCCUCUUCUCCCAGAGGAAGCCGUCUGAGUCGGGGGGAGGAGGAGAGCUGCAGCCCCUGGCAGGUUUCUCGGAGCCGCUCCCGAUGUCGGAGGGGAGCGUCUGUGUCGAUGGGCCCUCCCCCUCCUCCCAGAGUGCCCCCCCCCAGAGUGACCGACAGCUUGUUCCUGGAGAAGCUUCACGCUGUGGAAGAGGAGCUGGCCGUCUGCAUGGAGCCCUUCCAGACCCUGGCCGAAGCCGAGGGCUCGGGUCUGAUGGCGUGCCGGACGCGGUCGAAGCGAACUCUCCGGGACGUCCCGCUGGGCCGGCUGGAGGCGGAGCUCCGAGCGCCCGACAUCACGCCAGACAUGUAUGACUGCAGCUCCGCCCCCGAGGACAGAGAGUGGACUGAUUGGCUGAGAGGCCUGAUGACAUCAGACAUGGAGAACGAAGAGGAGUGUGAUGACGAGGACGACCCCGAGUACAACUUCCUGUCCGACAUCGAUGAGCCCGACGUGGAGGAUUACCGUGACGACAAGGCCGUCCGCAUCACCAAGAAGGAGGUGAACGAGCUGAUGGAGGAGCUGUUUGAAACGUUGAAAGAGGACCUGGCCGGACAGGAAGUGGAAGACGAAGGCCACGAGGAAGAGGAGGGGCCUGUUCACACACACACACCUGAGGAGCAGCACAACACAGGGUCAGCUGACGGCGAGCAGGAGGACCGACCAAUCACAGAGCUGCGUACGGUGAAGCAGCAGCUGGCUCUGAUCCGGAAGAAGAGGCAGCUCGGCCUGCACGCACACACACACUGCGACACACACAGUGGCACACACAGUGGCACACACACACACUGCACAGAGCCGCACACACUGAAGCUGAGCGUGCAGCAGAGGAGCCGCCUGCAGCAGCAGCUCACACAGCAUGUGCAGCUGCUGACCCAGAUCCAGCUGCUGAGCUCACCUGUCCCCCUGCUGCAGAGCGAGGCCGAUACCUGCAGACACUUCCUGUUGGAGCUGGAGCUGCUGGCUCAGCGAGGCGAGCUGCUUCUGUCUGCAGGACGUCCGUCUUUCUGCAGCGUCUUCAGAGCCUCCAACCUGCGGGGGGCGCUGCAGCUGCUGCAGGAGGCUGCUAACACCCCGGUGACUUUGCUGCAGGAGAAGCAGCCGGACGCCAGGGGCUACAUGCGCUGUUUCCCCGUGCUGCCGGCUCAACUCGCCUGGAUCUUUGCAACACGCCCUGUCUUCCUCUACCCCGAGCUACUGCCCUGCGCCAGCCUGGACCCUGCUCUCUACUGCCCCCGCAGGACGGCUGCCUUCACUGAAGCCGAGGACUGCCUGCUGGUGCUGGGCCUCAGGAACAUGGAAGGGUCAUGUGACCCCCCGAAGCUGGUGUCUCAGUUCCUGCUGAGGAAGACUCUGGUUCAGGUGAGGAGGAGGAUCCUGCAGUGCUGCCGGCCGGGGGCCCCCGACAACAUCGUCAAGGCCUUCAGGUAUCAGCAUUUGUUGUGGCCGAUGCUGCAGCCCUGUCGGGGGGGGCACCCUGCAGAGUGCCCCCCUGUGGAGAAGGAGGAGAAGCGCAUGCCCCUGUGGCUGCUGAGAAGCCUCCCUGUCCUCUACCCCCCCAUCAGAGACUAUAACAGACCUCCAGGCUCUGCCCCCAAGUCCCCGCCCCCCCGCAGGUCAGGAGGGCUUCACAUGACCUACAGCUUCCCCCCUGGUACCCGCUACCCCCAACACCUCCCCAAACACCUCCUCUUCAGGCGCAUCGGCUUCGUGAGGCAGCAACCACCCCGGCUUCCACCCUCCUCCCCGCCCCCUUCCUCCACCCUCUCCAUGCCGACCAGAGAGCGAAUCAGAUGCCACUAUCAGACGCUCUGCAGCCUGAGGGACUUGGCCCCGCCCCCUCCUGCAGGCCCCGCCCCCUCACAGGACGAGGAGGGCGAUGAUGUCAUCAGGACGGACAGCGAGGAGGAAGAGGAGGAAAGUGACGUCCUGCUGAUGCUGUCUGAGUCCGACACUGAACAGGAAGUGACGUCUCCAGAGCCUCCCCCCCCCCCCCCACCUGCAGGUCUGACCCCUUUAUUAUUCCUCACCAGAAUGGAUGAGUAUUAUGGCCUAGUGAGACCUCCUGUUUUAAUAACAGCACUGAUUAUUUUUCAACUGUGUGUUCUUCCUGUGCAGGUGUGUGUUACUGUGUGUUCUUCCUGUGCAGGUGUGUGUUACUGUGUGUUCUUCCUGUGCAGGUGUGUGUUACUGUGUGUUCUUCCUGUGCAGGUGUGUGUUACUGUGUGUGUUCUUCCUGUGCAGGUGUGUGUUACUGUGUGUUCUUCCUGUGCAGGUGUGUGUUACUGUGUGUUCUUCCUGUGCAGGUGUGUGUUACUGUGUGUUCUUCCUGUGCAGGUGUGUGUUACUGUGUGUGUUCUUCCUGUGCAGGUGUGUGUUACUGUGUGUUCUUCCUGUGCAGGUGUGUGUUACUGUGUGUGUGUUCUUCCUGUGCAGGUGUGUGUUACUGUGUGUUCUUCCUGUGCAGGUGUGUGUUACUGUGUGUGUGUUCUUCCUGUGCAGGUGUGUGAUGCGCUGCAGGCCUCCCCCCCCCUCUGUGAGCGACUGCUUCAGGUGUUGGAUGGUUUCUCCCCCCCCUCCUCGGCGGUGUGUUUGUACGGCGAGCUGCGUGGGGUGUUGGGGGCGUGGCCUCAGCUGCUCAGAGACUUUGCUGCCUUCUUGAGCCAAUCACAGGCGAGGAGCUGCGGACUGCUGGUGGAGCAGCAGCUGUUUGAACGAAGCCGGAGGUUUCUACAGAGAUUGGGGCGUGGCCUGGGAGAAGGCUCUGCCCCCUAUCAGCAGGUGGUGUCCGCGCUGCAGGGAAGCUCCGCUCCCUUACCUGAAGACAUGGAGCAGAUCUCCUCCCUCCUGGGUUGUCAUGCCGACCUGCACAAGGAGUUCCGGGAGUUCUUCCAACGCCGUCACGGCCGGGCGUCGCCCGUAGAGACAGACUCCCAGAAUCCACCUCUGGACGGGGACAGGAAGAGAGAUGAGCGAACUGAGGAGGCGGAGUCAGGGCGACCUGAGGAGGAGGCGGAGUCAGAGCGACCUGAGGAGGAGGCGGAGUCAGAGCGUCCUGAGGAGGAGGAGUCAUGGCGACCUGAGGGGGAGGCGGGGUCAGGGCGAUCUGAGGAGGAGGAGUCAGAGCGUCCUGAGGAGGAGGAGUCAUGGCGACCUGAGGGGGAGGCGGGGUCAGGGCGAUCUGAGGAGGAGGAGGAGUCAGGGCGACCUGAGGGGGAGGAGUCAGAGCGUCCUGAGGAGGAUUGGGGUUGUUUGUUUUGUUGA